AUGGGCCGCACUUGCGCCGACAGACCCUUAGAUGGCACUGCCGUCAGCUACAACAAGGCCAUCACCGCGCAGGGGAAGAAGCAGCGAUGGGAGGCGGCAUUGGGACUCCUUGCCACAGCCAAGCAGCGGGCGCUGGCCGACGUGGUCACAUACACAGCAGCGCUCAGCGCAUGCAUUCGCGGCAGCAGCUGGGAGAAAGCCCUGGACAUCUGGGAUGAUGUAAAGCAAGACCGGCGGCUGGAGGCCGACAUCCAGACCUACAACGCGGCCCUGGGUGCUUUUGAGAAGUUUUUGGGAUGGCAGGAGUGUCUGGCGCUGCUGCGGGAGGCGGGCGAGGUUGAUCUCCGCCCCACGGGGGCGACCUUCUGCACCUGCCUGGGGGUCUGUGGGAAGGCCUCCCAGUGGCAGCUGGCCCUGGCAAUCCUGGGGGAGGCGCAGAGCACGGGCGUCGGCCAUCAGCAGGAACUGUGUGACGUGCGGACGUACAACGCAGCGCUGAGCGCCUUGGAUCGGGCCUCCCAGUGGGAGCAGGGCUUGUUGCUGUUUGCGCAGGUUCGGCUGAGGCAGGUGCAGCCCAGUGUCGUGAGCUUCAGCACUUUAGUCAGCGCCUGUGGGCGUGUGAGUGCGUGGCAGCGGGCUCUUUGCUGCCUGCGGGAAGCUCUUGUGGCUGCGCUGCAGAUCAAUACCAUCACCUUGAACUCCGCCAUCAGCGCAUGCGAAAAGGCUGGUCAGUGGCAAGCAGCUCUCCACCUCUUGGAGAGCCUUGGUGCUUUGCGGCUCCAGUCGACGGUCGUUUCCUGGAGCGCGGCCGUGAGCGCCUGCGAGAAAGCGGGCCAGUGGCAGGCGGCGUUGGCUUUGCUCCAAGUCGCAGGCCCCUCCCUGACCAACGCCAUCACGUACAACGCGGCGAUCAGUGCCUGCGCGGCUGAGGGCAUGUGGGAGAGGGCCCUGCAGCUGCUGAAGGACAUCCAAGCGCGGAUGCUACGCCCGACGGAGGUCACAUACGCUGCAGCGAUCAGCGCAUGUGAGGCUUCGGCGGAGUGGUAUCAGGCUCUGUCCCUCUUGAAGGACAUGAAUUCGAAGCAUCUCCCCCCGAGCUGUAUCGCUUGCAAUUCCGCCAUCAGCACCUGCGCCCGAGCAACUGAAUGGCAGCAAGCACUGCAGCUACUGGCUUGCAUGGACGGCAUGCACCUGUGCCCGGACGUGACCAGCUACAAUGCAGCCAUCAGCGCCUGCGACAGGGCCAUGGAUUGGCCGCGCGCCCUCUCACUUCUAGGCGAGUUGGAUGCCCGGUCACUCGAGGCCACGGUCGUCACCCUUGGCGCCUGCAUCAGUGCCUGUGAGGAGGCCUCCAAGUGGCAGUCGGCGCUCUCCCUCCUCGCCUCCCUUCCGAGGCGGCGGCUGCGACCCAACACCAUCACCCUCAAUGCGGCUCUGGCGGCCUGCGGCCGCGCGGCACAGUGGCUCGCAGCCCUUGAGCUCCUGUCCUGGUCCAGGGAGGCGGCAGUGGAGCUGGAUCAGAUCAGCUACAGCGCCGCAGUUGCUGGCUGCCAAGAGGGGGGGGUAUGGGAGUGGGCCCUUUGCUUGCUGUGGCAGGCAUCUACUUUAUCCCACCGUCCCGAUGCAACAACGUUCGGCCUGGCGCUGCGCGCGGGGGAGGAUGCCGAGCAGCACCCAGUCGUCUUGGCCCUCCUGGGGGAGGUACGGGCCUUCUUUGGCGAGCUGGCGCCCUUCCGCCCGCCGGGGGAAGAAGAAAAAGACGUGGCGCAAGUCCUCACAGCAAUGGUUUUGCCGGCAGCUGCUUCUGACUUUGGGAAGAUUAGCUUUGACAGGGGCCUCUAG